CGUCGGCCUCGGCGCGCACGCGCAGUCCGCAGCCAGCAGCCGUGCGCCAUGGCGGGCGCGCUGGGCGGGAUGUUCGCCAACCAGCCGCCGGGACCCCCGCCGCCCGGACCUCCCGGCGGGGUCGGGCCGGCCGGCCUCAUCCCGCCUCCGACGGGGCCCCGCAAUCCCAACAACACGCUGGUGGACGAGCUGGAAGCGUCUUUCGAGGCCUGCUUCGCCUCGCUGGUCAGCCAGGACUACGUGAAUGGCACCGACCAGGAGGAGAUCCGCACCGGUGUGGAUCAGUGCAUCCAGAAAUUUCUGGAUGUUGCAAGGCAAACGGAAUGCUUUUUUCUACAAAAAAGACUGCAGCUGUCUGUCCAGAAACCAGAACAAGUAAUUAAAGAGGAUGUUUCAGAGUUAAGAAAUGAAUUACAAAGAAAAGAAGCAUUAAUUCAGAAGCAUUUGAGUAAACUGCGGCACUGGCAACAAGUCCUGGAAGAUAUCAGCGUACAGCACAAAAAACCUGCAGAAAUGCCCCAAGGUCCCUUAGCAUACCUGGAACAGGCAUCUGCUAACAUUCCUGCUCCAAUGAAGCAAACAUGAAAACCUGAUAGUCUUUUUACUUCAUCUGUUUUUUGUAUAAUGUAAUUUGUACUACAAAUAUAAACAGAUAAGAUAGAAUUAAGUUAAAUAAAUACUCUUUUUUUGGAGAAAAAAACACUUUGGUUUUAUAUUUAAAUUGAAAGUAUACAGAGUUCCUGUUCAGAAUGCUUUCUGGUAGAAGUGUACUUUCCACAAUAUAUCCUGUUCUUUCUGGAAGGGAUGGUCCUAGCUUUCCCCUGAUUGUAUCUUGCUAGUAUGAUGCAAAUAUACACAAAGGUUCUUGUUAGGAUGGAUGGAUGUCUCUCUGCAAGUGCUUAAUUUCUUCAUGUAGCUGAGGAGUAAAAUGGGAUUCAAAUCCUCCAGCAGUUGCAGAUGAGCUAUCCAAUGUAUAACACGAGUGCUAGUUGGACAAUUCCCUCUCCCUGUGUUUGUUGAGGAAUUACCUGAAUGUUAUUUUAUUUACAGGUGCUUUUUGUGAAUAGCACCAUUCCUUCCAGCAAUAAGGUGGUUGGUGUGGCUUGAUAAAUUCAGUCGUUCACCCAUUAGGCAUUUUGCUGGGUGUCAGAGCAAUAUGGGGACAAUGUAUGCAGUUCCCAUAAAUCUGGAAGUCUGUGCCUCGGUCUGACUCACACUUCAGUAUAACACUAUUUUGCAAGCCAUGAAAGUUGGUCACUUACAAGCAAGUUUUAAUGUUCGUACUUACAUACUAUCCUGAUUCAUCAGGCUGACUGUUACACAAGUUGAAGUGCACCAGGAACAUUACAUGACAACGCUAUACAAAACAGUCCAUUAAGCUAAGCAGAAAACAUGUUUACAGCAAGCUGUUUUAAAAUUGCUAUUCUUAGAUGUGUAUCACAUGCUUCUCAGCAUAAAACAACUUUACAAGAAACCAAUUUAAAACAAAAUUACAUUACUAUGCAAAAACAGCUGAUGAAGCAAGCAUAUAAACCUAGAGAAAUCACUUACUUAGAAGUAAUAUCUUCAUCUGGAGUCUGUAGCAGGACAUUAGAGGACAAAAUGAAUAUUUAAUGUAAUUGUGGAAUGAUACAUUCUCUUGAGUAAAAAGUAAUUUUACAUAGCAGUAUUAAGAAUUUUGCUUUUUCUUUUUUUUUAUUUUAUUUUUUUUAAA